AUGUCUUGUGGCAGUGGUAGACCGCCAUCUUGGACAGUAGCUGCAGGUUCUCACAGCGGUAGCUGUUUGCAAGUGCCACACUCCGGCACGCAAGUGGUACUGGGCACAGUUCUGACCGGAGCUUACCCAGCUUGUUCUAUCACUUGUUGUUUUCCUGGUGUUAUGGACAACAUCCAUGUGGAUCCGCGCAAACAAGAACUACUCGAAGCACGCUUCCUCGGGGGUCGGUUCCAGCCUUUGAUGGUACCUGCACCACCACAAGAACAACAACACGACAGCAGCAAUUUAAGUAGCGGUGGCUCUGCAGACAGAGAUGAUGGUGACGGACUUGGGCCAACACCAGACAAGUGUAAGCUGACAGAGAGAAAGCGGAAGCGGAAAACUGACAACCCCACUGCCACAAAAAGAGUUGAGGCAAACGGGAAGAAGAUAAAUGAAUAUUUCAGGAACCAGUCUCCAAGCCGUACAGGACAGCCCCCAGGAGCAGUGGCCAAGUCUCCGUCACCUCAGGCAUUUGGGAACUUUGUACCACACUCUCCAAACAACUCUUCCAACUCUAUGGCCGACCUGAUGAGUUCUGCCAGCCGGCCCGCACUGUCUCUCAGUAUUGGCACAAAUGUCUGCUCAAAGUCUAUUCAGACUGAUUUUUCCAUGGCUCACAUUCAGGCCUUGGAAAGCCAGUCCAUGUCUCAUCUGGAACAGAAAGAUACCAGAAUUGAUGAACUACACAGACAAAAUGAUGAGUUGAAACGUCAGUGUACGGCCCAGAAUAAGCUGCUGGAGAAACACAAGGAAAACCUGCAAAAAUGCCUGGAUGUCAAUAAGUCAUUGCUUAUUGAAAAGAGCACCUUAGAGAAGAAAACCACACGGCAGAAGUGUAUGGAGAACAGACUUCGGCUAGGGCAGUUUGUCACACAGAGGCAGGGAGCCACGUUUGUGGAGAACUGGGUCGAUGGCUGGGCAUUUCAGGAUCUGAUGAAGCAACAAGAAAGGAUCACAGCAGACAAAGAAGAUAUUGAUAAACAGAGACGACUGUUGUUGAAACGUAAACAACCAACAGCAUUAGGAAAAAAUGCCAAGCAUGACAACUUUCUCAAGCCAGGAGAAAAGUACUUAACACUGGCCGAAUUUUAUGAGCAGGACGAAAUCUUGAAGCUUCGGGCGGCGGCCUUGAAAAAGGAAGAUGCUGACCUUCAGCUAGAGAUGGAAAAGCUGGACAGGGAGAGGAACUUGCAUAUACGAGAACUCAAGCGCAUUCAUAAUGAGGACAGUUCAAGAUUUAAAGAUCAUCCGACGCUAAACGACCGCUAUCUCUUACUGUGCUUGCUUGGUAAAGGUGGUUUUAGUGAAGUACAUAAGGGUUUUGAUCUGAAGGAGCAGAGGUAUGUGGCCUGUAAGAUCCACCAGCUCAACAGGGAGUGGAAGGAGGACAAAAAGGCCAAUUAUAUCAAGCAUGCUCUCCGGGAAUACAACAUACACAAGUCUCUGGACCACCCCCGCAUUGUGAAACUUUUUGAUGUCUUUGAAAUCGAUAACAACUCGUUUUGUACUGUGUUAGAAUAUCAGAAGGGGAAUGAUCUUGAUUUUUACCUGAAACAAAACAAGAGUAUUCCCGAGAAGGAAGCCCGGUCCAUCAUCAGUCAGACAGUCAGUGCUCUUCGUUAUCUCAAUGAAAUCAAACCACCUGUGAUACACUAUGACCUCAAACCAGGCAACAUACUGCUGGGAAGUGGUUCGGUCAGCGGUGAGAUCAAAAUUACAGAUUUUGGCCUGAGUAAAGUGAUGGAUGAGAGCAACUUUCAUCCUGAGGUAGGCAUGGACCUCACAUCUCAGGGGGCCGGCACGUACUGGUAUUUGCCACCAGAAUGUUUUGUUGUGGGGAAAACUCCACCAAAAAUCUCUUCCAAGGUUGAUGUCUGGUCUGUGGGUGUUAUCUUCUACCAGUGCUUAUAUGGCAAGAAGCCAUUUGGGCACAACCUGUCCCAGGCGGCCAUUUUAGAAGAGAACACUAUAUUGAAAGCUACAGAGGUGGAGUUUGCAUCCAAACCCCCGGUCACUCAGGAGGCUAAGAAUUUUAUCAGACGGUGUCUGCAGUACAAGAAGGAGAUGAGGCCAGAUGUGCUGCAACUUGCUGCUGAUGAUUAUCUUAAACCUGCUCAGCUAAAGUCCAAAAAUAUGACAGAUGGCACCACGUACUCCAGUUUAGUAUCCUUGAAUACCAGCAGUGGUGGGAUCGGAAGUAGCAGCUCUGGAAUCUUACUGUCAAACAAUCCGGGGUCUGCAACUAACAACUCUCACAGUGCGUCUUAG